AUGGCUGUAUCCCUGGACCCUCAGAUCGACGCUCCCCUGGAGGUUGAGGAAUGCUUAAUAAUGAAGGUGGAAAAGGACCCCGAGUGGGCAGCGGAACCCACUCUGGAAGGAUCGGAGAGCUCUGAGUCCGAGACCUUUCGCAAAUGCUUCAGGCAAUUCUGUUACGAGGAUGUGACUGGACCCCAUGAAGCUUUCAGUAAACUCUGGGAACUUUGCUGCCGGUGGCUGAAGCCAGAAAUGCGUUCCAAGGAGCAGAUCCUUGAGCUGCUGGUGAUUGAACAGUUUCUCACCAUUUUACCGAAGAAGAUUCAGGCGUGGGCACAGAAGCAGUGUCCGGAAAGUGGAGAGGAGGCGGUGGCCCUGGUAAUACAUUUGGAGAAAGAGACUGGAAGACUAAGACAGCAGGUUAGCAGUCCUGUGCACUCAGAGAAGCAGGUCCCACUGGGAGCAGCAUGGGAGGUAACGGACUUUCAGCCAGAGCAGGUGGAGACUCAACCCAGGGUGGUGUCUCUGGAGGAAGCUGGAAGCCUCCACUCAGGACAUGAGGAGCAGCUGAACCGAAAGAGAGAGCAUUGGCCUUUACCCAGGAAUGCUCGGCCUUCUCCCUGGGUUCCCGCCCCUGCUAAUGAAUGGGACAGCGUGGAUCAGGAAGUAACCACCACACGACUACCUAUUGUGUCUCAGGGACCAGUGAAAGAUGUCCACAUGGCGAGAGGUUUUUCCUACAAAAAGAGCGUACAUCAGAUUCCCGCUCACAGAGACCUGUACCGGGAUAUUAGGAAAGAGAGUGUUGGGAACAUGGUCUCCCUGGGAAGUACUGUGUCUGUGUCUAACAAGAUUGCCCGGUUGGAGCAAAGAAAGGAGCCAUGGACCUUAGGUCUACACUCUUCUAACAAAAGGAAUAUUAUUCUACGAAGCCACCACGUCAAGGAGAAGCCGGUUCAUGCUGCUCAGAUCCCGGUGCGCAGUGUGGGGAGAAUGUGGGGUGAGCAGCAGCACUGGGGUUUAGAAGAUGAGAAGAUAGCAGGCGUGCAUUGGAGCUAUGAGGAAACGAAGACUUUCCUUGCCAUUCUCAAGGAGUCUCGCUUUUAUGAGACGCUGCAGGCUUGUCCCCGAAACAGCCAGGUGUACGGGGCUGUGGCCGAGUGGCUGCGUGAGUGUGGCUUCCUCCGAACGCCAGAACAGUGUCGGACCAAGUUCAAAAGCCUCCAGAAGAGCUAUCGGAAGGUGAGAAAUGGCCACGUGCUGGAACCCUGUGCCUUCUUUGAGGACAUGGACGCUCUGUUGAACCCUGCAGCCCAUGCUUCAUCUGCUGAUAAGCCAAAGGAGAUUCUCUCUCUCCCCAGACUAAAGAGAGUUGAUAUCAGUGCUAAAGAACAGAUCAGUUUGGUGGAGGAGGAAGACGCCGCAGAAGAAUCUGAUGGUGAUGAAAUGGGCAUUGAAUUUAUCCGGAAGUCUGAGAUUCGUGGUGCCCCUGUCUUGUUUCAGAACCUGAGUGGUGUGCACUGGGGGUACGAGGAAACCAAGACUUUUCUUGAUAUCCUCCGUGAGACUCGGUUUUACGAAGCUCUCCAAGCCUGUCAUCGGAAGAGCAAGCUGUAUGGGGCCGUGGCGGAACAGCUUCGGGAGUGUGGCUUCCUCCGGACACCGGAACAGUGCCGGACCAAGUUCAAGAGCCUCCAGAAGAGCUACCGCAAAGUGAAAAAUGGUCACGUGCUGGAGUCCUGCGCAUUCUACAAGGAGAUGGAUGCCCUGAUAAACGCUCGGGCCUCCGCUCCUUCUACCACCACUCCAGAAGAAGUCCCAUCACCCUCAGGGCAAGAAGGAGAGGAUGUUGAGAUUGAACCCCAGGAACCGACAGGCUGGGAACCUGAGGAGGCCUCGCAAGAGGCAAUAAUAGAAGAUUCCGGCAGCGAGAGAAUGAGUGAGGAGGAAAUUGUGCAAGAGUCAGAAUUCCAGGGGCCUCCGGGUCUACUGCAAAGCCCAAGUGAUUUUGAAAUUGGAGGUAGUAUCAAGGAGGAUACAACACAGGUAAUAUAUAAGGACUUGGAGCAGCAUAGGGCAUUAAUAGAAAAGUCUAAAAGGGUCAUUUCCCAGAACGCUGAUCCAGGUAAAUACCGUAAAAGGGAAUGCAUCUCAGGAAGACAAUGGGAAACCCUUCAAGGCUUCAGACAGGGAAAGCUGACGUCUCAGCCGAGAGAUUUAGGGAAAGCUGUAGUGCAUCCGAGGCCUUUCAUGGGGAAGAGACCCUAUCGACUGCUCAAAUACGGAGAAAGCUUUGGAAGGAAUGCUCGUCUUAUGUUCCGGAUGACCCACCAGAAGGAAAAUCCUUAUAAAUGCAGUGUCUGUGGGAAGUGCUUUGGUAGAAGCAGGAGCCUAAUCAGACAUCAAAGAAUCCAUACUGGAGAAAAACCUUUUAAAUGUCUUGACUGUGGGAAAAGCUUUAAUGACUCCUCCAACUUUGGUGCCCACCAGAGAAUCCACACUGGGGAGAAACCCUACAGGUGUGGGGAAUGUGGAAAAUGCUUUAGUCAGAGCUCGAGUCUUAUCAUACAUCAAAGAACCCACACUGGAGAGAAGCCCUAUCAGUGUGGAGAGUGCGGGAAGAGCUUUACCAACAGCUCCCAUUUCAGCGCCCACCGCAGGGUGCACACUGGUGAGAACCCCUACAAAUGUGUGGACUGUGAAAAGAGUUUCAAUAACUGUACAAGAUUUCGAGAGCAUCGGAGGAUACAUACUGGAGAGAAGCCCUACGGCUGUGCCCAAUGUGGCAAACGUUUCAGUAAGAGUUCUGUCCUCACCAAACAUCGGGAAGUUCAUUCAAGAGAAAAGCUUCUGCCACACCCACCAUCCACGUAUUCCCCGGAGAACCCGCCUAAGGGAAAGACUGAUGAAUUCAGGAAAACUUUUUGA